GGCUCACGGCAGCGGCGUGGCCUUCACACUGUGGAAAAAUUGUAACAACUUUGUCGUGGUGCCUGGAAAGUUUGUAAACCUAACGAAUUCCUCUGGUGCCCACAGAUCCGCGCAUUUCGGUCUUCCUUGACGUGUGCUCUCGGAACCGUACCACCCCAUUCCUGUGAUGUGACCCCUAACCGGCCCUGCGGCCCUUUCAGCCGCCGCCCUCGCCGUCACUUUGGGAGUUUUCGUCGUUGCUGUCCGCGGCGGAAGAGGCGGCUAUGAAGUUUCUGUAUUAGUCUAACGCAGCUGUUGUUACCAGCAUUUGAUUGUGGUGGGGGUGGGGGUAGUGGCGUUGGAGUUGUAAAUUUGUUGCGUUUUCAUGAAAUCCUGCGGAGUGUCGCUCGCUACCGCCGCGACAGCUUUCGGUGAUGAGAAAAAGAAAAUGGCGGCGGGAAAAGCAAGCAGCGAGAGCGAGGAGCGGACUACCAGCCUGACAGCUGAGGAGAUGGAAGCGCUAGAAGGACUAGACAGCCGCCUGUUCGGGUUCGUGAGGUUUCACGAAGAUGGCGCCAGGGCAAAAACCUUACUGGACAAGGCUGUUCGCUACUACGAAUCUUUAAUUUUAAAAGCUGAAGGAAAAGUGGAGUCUGAUUUCUUUUGUCAGUUAGGUCACUUCAACCUCUUGUUGGAAGAUUAUCCAAAAGCAUUAUCUGCUUAUCAGAGAUACUACAGUUUGCAAUCUGACUACUGGAAGAAUGCUGUGUUUUUAUAUGGCCUUGGUUUGGUCUACUUUUAUUACAAUGCAUUUCAGUGGGCAAUUAAAGCAUUUCAGGAGGUGCUUUACAUUGAUCCCAGCUUUUGUCGAGCCAAGGAAAUUCAUUUACGACUUGGGAUUAUGUUCAAAGUGAACACAGACUAUGAGUCUAGUUUAAAGCAUCUUCAGUUAGCUUUGGUUGACUGUAAUCCCUGCACUUUGUCUAGUGCUGAAAUUCAAUUUCAUAUUGCCCACCUGUAUGAAACCCAGAGAAAGUAUCAUUCUGCAAAGGAAGCCUAUGAACAACUUUUGCAGACAGAAAAUCUUCCUGCACAAGUAAAAGCUACGGUAUUACAACAGUUAGGUUGGAUGCAUCAUAAUGUAGAUCUACUAGGAAACAAAGCCAUGAAGGAAAGCAAUGCUAUUCAAUAUCUGCAAAAGUCACUGGAGGAAGAUCCUAAUUCAGGCCAGUCUUGGUAUUUCCUUGGAAGGUGCUAUUCAAGUAUUGGGAAAAUUCAGGAUGCCUUUAUAUCUUACAGGCAAUCUAUUGAUAAAUCAGAAACAAGUGCAGAUACCUGGUGUUCAAUAGGCGUACUCUAUCAGCAGCAAAAUCAGCCUAUGGAUGCUUUACAGGCAUAUAUUUGUGCUGUACAAUUAGAUCAUGGGCAUUCUGCAGCCUGGAUAGAUCUAGGCACUCUAUAUGAAUCCUGCAACCAACCUCAGGAUGCCAUUAAAUGCUAUUUAAAUGCAACCAGAAGCAAAAGUUGUUGUAACACCUCUGCACUUGCAGGAAGAAUUAAAUAUUUACAGGGUCAGUUGUGUAACCUUCCACAAUGUAGUCUACAGAAUAAAACUAAAUUACUUCCUAGUAUUGAGGAGGCAUGGAGCCUACCAAUCCCCGCAGAGCUUACCUCCAGGCAGGGUGCCUUGAACACAGCACAGCAGGCUUAUAAACCUCAUCAUCUAAAUAUUGAACCUGUAUUAGGCCUCAGUCAAACAGCAAUUUCACAGCAGUCUUUGCCACUACACAUCAUUACUUCUAUCCAAGUAGAUGGUCUGUCCAGUCCUGUCAAGAGGAAAAGAACAUCUAGUCCAACAAAGAUCAGACAAACAGAAGCUGCUCAGGUACAGUCUACUGGAAUUCUUAAUGGCCCAGUUGCUGACUCAUCACUGCCUACAAACUCUGGCUCUGACCAGCAGCCACAUGCUUUUCUGACCAGAGAACCUAACGUCUCUCAGCCUGGAGUUCACCCUGCGUGUCUUGAGCAGCCUUUGUCCAGUGGACCUUUUUCUACAGACUGUGUUUCUUGCAGCACAUCCAAAAUUCUAGGGAGUUCAGACAUUAUUUUGAUAGGCAAUAACUGUAUAAAAGGAAAUGGAAAUAAUGGAAAUGUGCCUUACCUGCAGCAAAAUACUUUUUGUCUACCUCGUCACUGCACAAACCUGACCAGCAGCCCACAGGAGCUGUGGAGAAAACAACUGUCUAAUUCCGUUCAGGGGCUUCACAAAGGUCAGGGUUCACAUAUGUCAGAGUCUAAUGGUGAACAAUCUCUGUCUUUCAUUGGGUCUUCCAAGUAUCUCCAGUCUACUGGCACUGGUAUUCAGAAUCAGAAUGGACACCCAACUCUGCCCAGUAAUUCACUAACACAGGGGACUGCUCUCAAGAACACCUCCUCUUAUAGUGCUACCUCAGGUGGACAACAAGGCAUUACUCUUACCAAAGAGAGCAAGCCGUCAGGAUAUACAUCCUUGUUGCCUGGUAUAAGUAGGCAUGGCGGAGGGUCACCUGAUGGCCAUGCCAGUGUCAAGGGACUUCGUAAUCAUGUUCAUCAGGUGAUAACAGAUGCUAUUUUCAGUCCUAACAACAGAGAUUCCACAUCACCAAAUUUACUAAUUUCAGACAAUCCUCAGCUUUCUGCCUUGCUGAUUGGAAAAACCAAUGACAGUAUAGAUCUGGGAACCUGUGACAAAGUCAGUAACAUCUUCCCAACUAUUCCUGCAAACACUAAUAAUUCUGUUACCUCUUCACCAUCUUCAUUUAUUUCUACAGCAACACCAUCUCCUAAAUCGGCUGAGCAGAUGACCACACACAGUGUUACUAGCCUUAAUAGUCCUCAUGGUGGGCUACACAAAAUCAGUGGAGGUCUGGAGGACUCACAGAGCCAAAAAGAACCAGACUUCCCUCUAUUAAGCUACAAAUCUAGUUCUCAGAUUAUACCAUCAGUGUCUGUGUCCAUAUAUCCCAGUUCAGCAAAAGUACUGAAGGCAUGCAGGAAUCUAGGUAAAAAUGGCUUGUCUAACACCAGCAUUUUGUUGGAUAAAUGUCCACCUCCAAGGCCACCAUCUUCACCAUACCCACCCUUGCCAAAGGACAAGUUGAAUCCACCCACACCUAGUAUUUAUUUGGAAAAUAAACGUGAUGCUUUCUUUCCUCCAUUACAUCAGUUUUGUACAAAUCCAAACAACCCUGUUACAGUAAUCCGUGGUCUUGCUGGAGCUCUUAAGUUAGACCUUGGACUUUUCUCUACCAAAACUUUGGUAGAAGCUAACAAUGAACAUAUGGUUGAAGUGAGGACACAGUUGUUGCAACCAGCAGAUGAAAACUGGGAUCCCACUGGAACAAAGAAAAUCUGGCAUUGUGAAAGUAAUAGAUCUCACACUACAAUUGCUAAAUAUGCACAAUACCAGGCUGCCUCUUUCCAGGAAUCUUUGAGAGAAGAAAAUGAGAAAAGAACUCAUCACAAAGACUAUCCAGAUAAUGAAUCCACAUCUUCAAAUAAUUCUGGAAGGAGGAAGAAAGGACCUUUUAAAACCAUAAAGUUUGGUACCAACAUUGACCUCUCAGAUGACAGAAAGUGGAAGUUGCAGCUACAUGAGCUGACGAAACUUCCUGCUUUUGUACGAGUCAUGUCAGCAGGAAAUCUUCUAAGCCACGUGGGCCAUACCAUAUUGGGCAUGAAUGCAGUUCAACUAUACAUGAAAGUUCCAGGGAGUCGAACACCAGCAGGAGCUCAUCGAGAGCAUCGGUCGCAAGCUGCAGGUGCUGCGGGAAGCCCGGGAGAGCCUGCUGGAGGACAUCCAGGCCAACGGCGCUCUUGGGGACGAGGUGGAGGCCAUUGCCAAGGACGUCUGCAAGCCCAACGAGUUUGACAAGUUCCGCAUGUUCAUCGGGGAUCUGGACAAAGUGGUGAACCUCCUGCUGUCACUGUCGGGGCGCCUGGCCCGGGUGGAAAACGCCCUCAACAAUCUGGAUGACAGCACUUCUCCUGGUGAUCGGCAGUCACUGCUGGAGAAGCAGAGGGUCCUCAUCCAGCAGCACGAUGAUGCCAAGGAGCUCAAGGAGAACCUGGACCGCCGGGAGCGCAUCGUGUUCGACAUCCUGGCCAACUAUCUCAGCGAGGAGAACCUGGCGGACU